AUGGCAACCGUUUCCAAUGAUCGAAUUCCCACCAAUCUCCCGAUUCUUGAUUCGAAGAACUAUGAUAAAUGGGAAAAACAAAUGAGGGUUUUGUUUGGUUAUCAAGAGGUGCUUGAGAUCGUCGUCAAUGGAGUUACACAAUUAGGGGCAGAGGCUACCGACAUUCAAAGAGCUACACACAAAGAAGAGAAGAAUAAGGAUUACAAAGCCCUAUUCUUGAUUCAUUCUUGUGUUGAUAACGAUAAUUUCGAGAAGGUUGGCGAUUCUGAAUCGACGAAGCAAGCAUGGGAAAUCUUGGAGAAAGCAUAUGUUGGUGCCGUCAAAGGGAAGGUUGUAAGGUUACAAACUUACAAGCGACAAUUCGAGUUAACACAAAUGGAAGAUAAAGAAACAAUCAACGACUAUAUUACGCGCAUUACCCAGUUAGUUAAUCAAAUCAAAUCUUGUGGGGAAACGAUUCUUGAGCAGAAUGUUGUAUCGAAAGCACAUGAACAAAGGUUGGAUGAGAGAGGCGCCGACAAAGUCAAAGUGGAGAUUGCUUUGCAAGCGUGUUUCAAUGAGAAGAAUAAGAGGUCGAAAGGAAAAUUUGCGGCGAGAGGUAAAUCAAAUUUUCAGAAUUUUGGUACAAAUGAUUUGCAAAAUUCAAAGCAUUCGACGAGUGAAAAGGGUGAAUAUAGCUCCAAGGAUAAUGGUCAUAGCAAUGGUUUCAAGAAGCGUGAUGUGAGUAAGGUGCAAUGCUACAAGUGCAGAAAGUUUGGACACUUUGCAAAUUCGUGUCGUGGUAAAUCGAACGAGAAUCACAAUAAUGAAGCCAAGGUUACUAGGGAAGAGGUAGAUGAUGAGGACACACUUCUAGUAAUGAUCACAGAGGGGAGUUAUGGCAUUACGGAUGUUCCGGGCAGCAGCUACAACAGUGAAAGUUUGCGGGACAACAGUUGUAUUGUUCCGGAAAAUAGCGAGAAAAUGCAUUCGGAUCGAAAUGUGUUGGUUACCGUUCGUGAUGGAGUCCAAGGGAGAGAUGAGUGGUACUUGGAUUCCGGUUGUUCAACACAUAUGACGGGUCGAAAAGAUUAG